GGAAGGGGCGGGAGCCGCGGGCGCGGGGGCGCUUCCGUCGGGGCCGUUCCCGCCGGUGCCGCCUGUGCCUGGGCCGGGCGGCAGCCGGGGCCAGAGGAGCGGCCGCCAUGCACGACGCCUUCGAGCAUGUGCCGAUCCUGGAGAAGCUGCCGCUGCAGAUCGACUGCCUGGCGGCCUGGGAGGAAUGGCUCCUUGUUGGUACAAAACAAGGUCAUCUUCUGCUUUACAGGAUCAAGAAAGAUGUAGGAGAGGUUAUGUCAUCAGAAAGUGUCUGUUGCAACAGGUUUGAAGUGACACUAGAGAAAUCCAACAAGAACUUCUCAAAGAAGAUUCAACAGAUCCACGUUGUUUCUCAAUUUAAAAUUUUAGUCAGUCUAUUAGAAAAUAACAUUUAUGUCCAUGACCUGUUGACAUUUCAACAAAUCACCACAAUUUCAAAGGCAAAAGGUGCAUCUCUCUUCACUUGUGAUCUCCAGCAAUCAGAUACAGGGGAGGAGGUGCUGAGGAUGUGUGUGGCAGUGCGUAAGAAGCUCCAGCUUUAUUUCUGGAAGGACCGGGAGUUCCAUGAGCUCCAGGGGGACUUCAGUGUACCUGAUGUACCCAAGUCUAUGGCCUGGUGUGAAAACUCCAUCUGUGUAGGCUUCAAGAGGGACUAUUACCUGAUACGGGUGGAUGGAAAAGGAUCCAUCAAAGAACUGUUUCCCACAGGGAAGCAGCUGGAGCCAUUGGUGGCUCCUGUAGCAGACGGAAAAGUCGCAGUUGGCCAAGAUGAUCUAACAGUUGUGCUUAAUGAAGAAGGGGUCUGUACUCAGAAAUGUGCCUUGAAUUGGACAGAUAUUCCUAUAGCCAUGGAGCACCAGCCUCCCUACAUCAUUGCUGUCCUGCCGAGGUACGUGGAGAUCCGCACCUUUGAGCCCCGGCUGCUGGUGCAGAGCAUCGAGCUGCAGAGGCCGCGCUUCAUCACCUCUGGAGGCACAAACAUUAUAUAUGUGGCAAGUAAUCACUUUGUUUGGAGGCUCAUUCCGGUGUCCAUAGCCACACAGAUCCAGCAGCUUCUGCAGGACAAACAGUUUGAGUUGGCUUUGCAGUUGGCAGAAAUGAAAGAUGAUUCAGAUAGUGAGAAGCGACAACAAAUCCACCACAUAAAGAACCUCUUUGCCUUCAACCUGUUCUGCCAGAAGCGUUUUGAUGAAUCCAUGCAAGUUUUUGCCAAGCUUGGUACAGAUCCCACUCAUGUGAUGGGUCUGUAUCCUGACCUCCUGCCCACAGAUUACAGGAAACAGCUACAGUAUCCCAACCCCCUGCCAGGGCUCUCUGGGGCAGAGCUGGAGAAGGCACAUUUAGCUCUGAUAGACUACCUAACUCAAAAAAGGAGUCAGCUAGUGAAGAAGCUAAAUGAUUCUGAUCAUCAGUCCAGUACCUCACCCCUCAUGGAAGGAACACCCACGAUCAAAUCCAAAAAGAAGCUGCUACAAAUCAUUGAUACCACCCUGUUGAAGUGUUACCUGCAUACAAAUGUAGCACUGGUGGCACCACUGCUACGUCUGGAGAACAAUCACUGCCAUAUUGAGGAGAGUGAGCAUGUACUAAAGAAGGCACACAAGUAUAGUGAGCUGAUAAUACUGUAUGAGAAAAAAGGUCUGCAUGAGAAAGCAUUACAGGUACUGGUGGAUCAGUCAAAGAAAGCCAACUCCCCUUUGAAGGGUCAUGAGAGGACAGUGCAAUAUCUGCAGCAUUUGGGCACAGAGAACUUGCACUUGGUAUUUUCCUACUCUGUCUGGGUGCUAAGAGAUUUUCCUGAAGAUGGACUGAAGAUAUUUACAGAAGACCUCCCUGAAGUGGAAGCUUUGCCACGAGACAAAGUGCUCAGUUUCUUGAUAGAAAAUUUUAAAAGCUUGACUAUUCCUUACCUGGAGCACAUCAUUCAUGUCUGGGAAGAAACUGGAGCGGAUUUCCACAACUGUCUGAUCCAGCUGUACUGUGAGAAAGUGCAGGGCUUAAUGAAAGAAUAUCUCAGUUCUUUCCCUGCAGAUAGAGCUCCAGUGCCUGCUGGGGAGGAAGGAGGAGACUUGGGGGAUUACCGGAAGAAGCUGCUGCUUUUUCUGGAGAAGUCCACCUGCUAUGAACCUAGUCGACUUAUCAGUGACUUCCCCUUUGAUGGUCUCCUAGAAGAACGUGCUCUGCUCUUGGGUCGAAUGGGGAAGCAUGAGCAAGCUCUGUUUAUUUAUGUUCAUAUUUUGAAGGACACCAACAUGGCUGAAAACUAUUGCCAUAAACAUUAUGACAGAAACAAAGAUGGCAACAAAGAUGUGUAUCUGUCCCUGCUGCGCAUGUAUCUCUCCCCACCCAGUGUUCAUUGCCUGGGACCCAUCAAGAUGGAGGUGCUGGAGCCUCAAGCCAAUCUGCAGGCUGCUCUGCAGGUUUUGGAACUGCACCACAGCAAACUGGACACCACUAAGGCAAUAAACCUACUCCCAGCAAACACACAGAUCAGUGAGAUUCGCAUCUUCUUAGAGAAAGUACUUGAAGAAAAUGCUCAGAAGAAAAGAUUUAAUCAAGUGCUCAAGAACCUUCUCCAUGCAGAGUUUCUGAGGGUCCAGGAGGAGCGGAUCUUGCAUCAGCAAGUCAAGUGCAUAAUUACAGAGGAGAAGGUGUGCACUGUUUGUAAAAAGAAGAUAGGUAACAGCGCAUUUGCUCGAUACCCUAAUGCAAUAGUUGUGCAUUAUUUCUGCUCCAAAGAAGUCAACACACUGGACACCUGACCUUGUCAUGUCAAUAAUCCCAACAUUUAUAGAAAAUUCAGUACUGAUAACUAAAGAAGUUGAUGUGUCUGAGAGUUUUGAGGCUUGUUGCUAGGUUCUCUUACACUGGGUAGAAAUCAUUUGUAUCUGUGGACUGACUGUACCUACCCAGCAAUGUUGAUUUACUAGAAAAUUACUUUAACCAUGUUGUUACAGUGCUGGCAAGUACACUGAACCUCUCAGUCCUCAGAUGAAGAAUAGAAACUGAUUUUUGUAGUGACUUUUGUAACACACUCCAGCCUUGCAAAUGAAUCGUGAGACAACUGUUGGACGUUCACCACAAAUCAAGUCUUUACAAUAAAAUGUACUUUCUUAGGGUG